AUGGGAUUCGUCGCUCACGACGUCGAGCCCGCCCAGACGGAGCUCGCCGUGGCGGGCCUGCGCUUCUUGGGCGGCCCCCAGCUCGAGCUGCCACCAACCGGGAAGUACACCCGGCGGCUCUAUCUCGCCAUCGAUCGCUUUCUUCAGCAGGGGGGCUGCCCAGGCGUCACCCUCGAGCGCGCAGUCGGCCACCUGGUGAACCACCCCCGCUUGAUGCCCUGGGGCCUGUCCGCUCUCGACCACUGCUACCGCUUCUUGCAGCGCUACGGCCGUCGUGACUGGGGCUGGUUCAGCGAGUCCCUGGCCACCGAGCUGCGGGUCUUGAAGGGCCUCGUGAAGCUGGUCGACGUGGACCUGGCGGCGCCGCGCGCGCCCGUGGUGUUCUCGGGGGACAGCUCGACCUUCGGCUACUCGCUCUCCUUCACGCGGGCGUCGCCCUCGGACAUCCUGGAGGCCGACCGCCUGCGCGAGCGCUGGAGGUUCAAGACGGCGGAGAUCAGCCUCGCGGAGGCGCCCGGCGACGGCGACCGCGCCGCGUCGCACGCCCCGCACCUGGCCGCCGCGCCCGGGGCGCUCGGCCUGGACAUCGCUGGCGUCGCCGAGCAGUCAGGGCCGCCCCGCUCGGCGCCCUCCUCCUGGCCUCGCCGACGACGGGCGCCUUGCCGCGUGGUCGAGGCCUCGGACUCUUUCCACGCCCUGGACGACACCUGGGCCCGCCCCGAGCGAUGGCGCAACAUCGUGAAGGGCGACUGGGCCUACCACAACGCCAUCCACCUGAAGGAGGCCCGCGUCGCGCUGACGCAGCUGCGGCGGGCCGCCCGCUGCCCCGCCGUGCACGGCAAGCGGCUGCUCGGGCUCACCGACAACCUGAGCGCGCUGCUGGCGUUCAUGGAGGGCCGGGCCUCCGACUUCUGGCUCCGCCUGCUGGCGCGGCAGGCGGCCGCCCUCGCGAUCGGCGCCGAGAUCGCCUGGCACCUGAGAAACAUCGAGGGCUCCCGCAACUGCGCGGACCACGACUCCCGUGCUGCGGAUCGCGGAGAGGUCCUGCUGCUGUCCCCGCUGCUGGGCGCCGGCGGCGCCGCCGGCGGGCCGCCGCAGCGCCCGGGCUUCUGG